AUGGAGGUGUCCUCCCAGCUUUUCAGCUAUGGGUGUACCCCCUGGCAAAGGGUUCUGCUCAUAGCCUCUCAUUUCACCUGUGGGCGUCCUUCCUUCCCUGCCAAGCUCACUAUUGAAUCAGUGCCGCCCAGAGUUGCUGAAGGAGGAAGCGUUCUUCUCCGUGUUCACAAUCUUCCAGAGUAUCUUCAAUUAUUUUUUUGGUACAAAGGGGUGAUUUUGAUUAACAAGGUUGAGAUUGCCCGACACAGAACAGUCAAGAAUUUAAGCGAUCCAGGCCCUGCCCACAGCGGUAGAGAGAUAGUGUACAGCAAUGGAUCCCUGCUGCUCCAGAAUGUCACCUGGAAGGACACAGGUUUCUACACCAUACAAACUCUGAAUCGAUAUUGGAAAAUAGAAUUAGCACACAUUUACCUUCAGGUGGAUACCUCCCUUUCCCCGUGCUGUGACACUCUUGACUCUGCCCAACUCAGGAUUGAUCCAGUGACUCGGCACGCUACUGAAGGGGAAAGUGUUCUUCUCCAGGUCCAUAAUCUGCCAAAAGAUCCACAAGCCUUUUCCUGGUACAAAGGCGUAGAUAGCAGUCCAUACUUUAAAAUUGUAGAAUAUAGCAAAGCAAGGUAUUCCAUGCUCAUCGGCCAAUCAUACAGCAGAAGAGAGAUUGGGUACCUUAAUGGAUCCCUGCUGCUCCAGGAUUUGACUGAGAAAGACUCUGGCUUGUACACACUAAUAACAACAGACAGCAAUGUGAAAGUUGAAACCUUGCACGUGCAAAUCAAUGUCCACAGUAAGUGA